GGCGAGCAAGGAGGGCUGCUCGGGAAUGCAGCCUGCAUGGCUGGCGGCUUCGUCAAGAUGCAGCCCGCGUGUGCCAGGGCCGACGCGCUGCUCCUCAGCCGGAGCCCCUCCGGCGCCAAGGACCAGGAGCAGCAAGUGCAGCUGCGGCAGAAGCUGAGGGAGCUGCCGGCGCUGCUGCGAAGCGGGCUGACUCUGCGGAGGAAAAGCUCCGCCGCUGGCGGCCGGAUUAUAUCCAGAAGGAUUUCAAAUCCAUAUCUAGAAAAUCCUCCCAGCAAGAUUUAUGGAGAGAGUGCUUCAUGUGCUGGGAGAGCACUCAGAAAUGUUUUCAUUCUACAAGCUUCUGAUUUGUUGAAAGACAGAAUGUCUCUGAUGGGACUUUGCAGGAGAAGCUGCAUUGGAUCUGAACUCGUAGACUGGCUUUUAAAAUGCUGUCCUUUCAUUAAGAGCAGAUCUACAGCAGCUGGUGUCUGGCAGCUCCUGCUGAAUAUGGGAAUUGUGUUAUCAGGUCACAGGGAAUUGUCGCAAUCCAUGGAAGCUCUAAAACCUCACUGAACAGGGGAUGGAGAGAGAGUAAUGUGUGGAGAAGAAGAGGGAGCAAGGCUCCAAUGAAAGGGAGAAAGGGAAUAUGGGAGAUUUCAGUGAAGGGAACCUCAUGGAAGGGAGCAGAACUCAGGAAAGGUGCAGAGGUAUUUAUAGACUUAUGCCUUUACAUCUCAUUUUACCUGGA